GUGUAGUUCCUGUGGUUAGCAGCCGCCUCAGAAGCGCGCAGCCUGCUGGGAAUCGUAGUUUCCGGCAGGGGUGCGACAGGCAGGUCUGAGAGGGAGGUGCACGCAGCGGAGAGCCCGCCUGCUGGAGUGAGGAGCGCGAAGUCGCGCCUGGGGGUCGUAGCGCUGGCGCCAUGUCCUACUGCCGGCAGGAAGGGAAAGACCGGAUAAUAUUCGUGACCAAAGAAGACCAUGAGACUCCUAGCAGUGCAGAGCUGGUGGCCGAUGACCCCAACGACCCAUAUGAGGAGCAUGGGCUGAUCCUGCCGAAUGGAGACAUUAACUGGAACUGCCCAUGCCUGGGGGGAAUGGCCAGCGGCCCCUGUGGGGAACAGUUCAAGUCGGCCUUUUCCUGCUUCCACUAUAGCACAGAGGACAUCAAGGGGUCGGACUGUGUAGACCAGUUUCGGGCCAUGCAGGAAUGCAUGCAGAAAUACCCUGACCUGUAUCCCCAAGAGGAUGAGGAGGAGGAGGAGGAGGAGAAGCCAGCAGAGUGCACAGAGGGAAAGGCUCCCACUGAGGCCAGUGCCACCAAAGAAGAGGUGGUGUCCAGCUAAUGCAUGCCACCGUGUGGGCUCCCGUCCUCCCACUCCAGAGCGAUGUGGACCUUUUGCAAAAUGCCUUUUAGUUGCUCUCUGAGAAAGUGUCUUUCCCUGUGUCUGUAUACUGUAAUGUGUAAAAUAAUUUAUUUUGAUGAUCAGGGUCUUGGCCCCUUGACAGAUACACUGAAAAGGAAAGUGGAGGCUGUGUGUGUGUGUGCGUGUGUGUGUGUGUGUGUGUGUGUGUGUGUCCUGUAUAAACCUGUCAGCCAAUGUAGCCACCACUUUUUCUUUUUUGGAACCUUGCACUUGCAAGGAAAGUGGUGGAAUCACUGAGCUAAAUCCCUGGCCCUGUAGCCACCACUUUUGAUUUCUCUCUCUCAGAUUACCCUGAAUUUUGCCACUCUGAAAUAAUGCUGAAUGUUCUCAGCAACUGAAAUCAUUAUCCAGGAAUGUUUCUUGUGAGUGAGUUGAUUUGUUCUGAUGCAUAAUAUCCCUUUCUGUAGCUUUUAUACCUCUAUGAGAAGUGAAAUAGAAGCACCAACAUCUUCCUUUAAAACGCUGGUGGGGGGCCAUUCCUCAUAGAAGAGGCCAGGUGGUCAAGACCGCCGUGCCGUUGCACAUAGGGUCCUGGACUUCAUUCCUCAUUCACUUGGUUUCCACUCACCUUGAGCUCAGUUUUCUAGCCUGGAAAGUGGAGAUUUAGACCCUGCAGUUCCUGUCCCUUUCUAUGUGAAAGGAAAGGCUGGUUUUUAUUGUUCCAAGAGCCCUGGAUUGGGGUUCGUAUUCACACUGGCUCUCAGGUUGGUCAGAUGUAAUGUUCUUAGAGGAGGGGACCUAAUUAUUACCAGAGUAACAGCUGAGAGAGGAAACUGAAUUUAAUGACUCAUUUAAAAGGAAGGUGAUUUCUACCUGA